AUUUGAUUAUCUGCAUAAACGACAGUCAGGUGGUGCUGGUCAAUAUGGUCGAGUUAUUGGUAUACUUGAACCAUUACCGCCCGAAUCUUAUACAAAAUUAUUAUUCUCCGAUGAAACAGUUGGAACACAUGUACCAAAAAAUUUUGUACCAGCUAUUGAAACUGGUUUUCGUAAUUCAUGUCAAGUGGGACAAUUAGCUGGACAAAAAAUUACCGGUGUAAAAUUUCGUCUGCAAGAUGGUGAUAAUCAUUGUGUAGAUAGUAGUGAUUGGGCAUUUCAACAAGCAGCUGAAGGUGCUAUGAAACAAG